CUGCAACCUUGACAGCCUUCCUUCCCACGUUGCUUCUACAAGGCUGCCUCGUGAUAAUAUUCUUUGAAUAAGCCCAAUAAGCUCUUAUGAUGCUGGCGUGGGCCCUUACAUGCCACGGCAAUGUCUGACUCUCUUUAUGAGCUUCUGGCUCCUCACCUUGGCCAGACUUCGUCUGCGUCUUUGAGGUCGCCCAGUGACCCCAUCACAUCCACCUACCUUGCCAGGCUCACGACCCUCCCGUUAUCCUCACUCAGCGACUCGGAGCCCCAAUCGCUGGCGCAAGCAUCCCACUCACUGCUGUUAUCUCUCCAAGCCCUCUCAUCGCGGUCGCACAAGGCUGUCAUCGCCUCUUCCGACCACCUCUCCUCACUACAGACCACUCUCCCAGCUAUAGCGGAGAGCACAACGAAGCUUCAGGAUGCCAUACCAAAGCUAGACGAAGAGGCGCUUCGGUUCGCCACAACCUACAACAAGAAUACAGAAAAUGCUAUCCUAGACAGGCGGCGCAAGGCCUUACUACUCUCGCGCAAUUCAGACCGCCUGGGCGAUGUCCUCGAGCUCCCAACCCUCCUCUCCUCGGCGAUAUCUACGUCUGGCGCAACCAGCUUGACAAGCAAUACGUCUUCUUCUGCUACAAUCAACUAUGCCUCUGCGCUGGAUCUAAAUGCGCACAUCCGGCGACUACAUGGACUAUACCCGGAAUCACGAUUGGUGUCGUCGGUCACAGUACAGGCAGAAGAGGAGAUGCACGCCAUGACAACGAAUCUGAUAUCAAGUCUAAAAGCGCAGGGCCUAAAGCUAGCAGCCGCAAUGCGCACCAUCAGCUGGCUGCGCCGAAUCGCCCCCGAGCUCGACACGCCCGGCUCAGAAGUAGGCAGCAGCCACGAAGGCAGCCUCGGGGGCCUCUUCCUCGUCUGCCGCCUCGCCAACCUGAUGGCGAUGCUUGGUGCGCUGGAGCCGCUACGGGAACUGGCAGACCAAGAGCUAUCAAACAACGCCUCACCUGUCACGAAGAAGGACCGGAGCACCGCGUGGUCGGGCGGCCAGCAAACGGAACGCUAUCUCAAGCGCUACAUUGAGAUUUUCCGCGAGCAGAGCUUCGCUAUCAUUUCUAUGUUCCGGAGUAUCUUCCCGGCGGCCGCGGAGGGCGAGGUGGACGGCGUGGCCGGCAAGGGGCACGGGGAGAGCGAUAUGCCCCAGCCGCUGCCGUCGUCGCUGUCGACGUUCCCGUUGCAUCUCGUCGGCGUGCUUCUUGACACGCUCAAGAAAUACCUCCCGAACGUGCAGGACCGCGCGACGCGCGACAGCUUGCUAACGCAGGUGCUCUACUGCGCAGCCAGUCUGGGCCGGCUGGGCGGGGACUUCAGCAUGAUCCUCACGUUCCUGGAGGAGGAAGGCGAGGACACGGAGGAGUGGGUGGAUGUUAUCAGGAAGCACCGCGUCUUGGCGGGGAAGCUGGAGUCGAUGGUUGGCGCGCGGGAGUCGUAGGGGAAAAGGGAGGGGAAAACAUGGGCUGUUUUUCGUCAUGAGGCAGGGACAUGUGUCACGUUCUGGGUUUAGCAUAGCGGGGCGUAUCUGGUGGGUGGGGGGUUGGCAGGUGGGAGAGACAAUUGUGUUGGUGGUCACGAGCGGUUUGUUUGGUAGAUGAGACAGGAUGGACGGGUGGGGUUGGACGUGUAUGCAGGUAGAUCCGAUGUACACAGCAUCGAUGGCAACUUGAGUUCCGAUGUUGAAGCCAUGACGAUGACAAGAGGUUUGCAGGUAGUGGGCGGCGGGCAAGAUCAGCCACCGCAUGGCACCGGUGUUAUCAGAGCAAGAGCGUCCAGUAACUUGGAGGAUCUCCGCUGUGCAUCCCGUUUCGUGCUUUGCGUCUUCUCCCUCACCGACCCCUCGCUACUAGCUUUCGUCCGGCGCCCAGCCAGUGCUACCGUGGUGCGAUGGCGGACGAUGGGCACAUACAUCGGAGAGUGUUGUGUAUCGGGAGAUACUUGGCUGUACUCGGAACGCUGCACAGCCAAUAAAGUUGUAAAGGUUUUGGUUUUUUGUAUGGGAAAGGUAUGGGAAAGGAAGGUACAACCCACCGCCCGCCCGGGACAGUCCGUCUGGUAUCGGAGUGCGGUUCAUAGCGUCCGGGUCUAGUGGGCAAACUAUUCUUGGUGGCAAGGGGGAAUCCAGGGGAUUGAAUAUGGGAGAAUAAGAAUUUACCUCUCCAUACGGAGUAUUGGCAUAGAUAUUGGCAUAGUGGUAUAGAUAUUGGCAUAGUGGCAUAGUGGCAUAGAUAUUGGC